AUGCUUUCUUAUGGUAGAUAUCAAACAUUUCAAAUAUCAUCAAAUAUAUCAUAUGUAUCACGUAUUUAUGGUCAAAAUUUUCUUGCUUAUUCAUCUAUUGAUGAUUUAUUAAUAUUUAUUGAACCAAAACAUCAAAUACAUGUUUAUAAUGGUCGUACAAUUCAACAUAUUGUUAAUUUAAGUACAACAGAUGUUGUUAUUGCAACAUCAUGUGCAUCAUUAUUAUCAAAUUCUCAUCAUGAAUUAUUUUUUAUAUAUGAAACAAAUUCUGAAACAAAUUUAAUAUCUUUACGUGUAUGUCAAGUACUUUUUAAUAAAUCUAAAUUAAUUUUUGAAAAUAAUUUAUGUAUUGAAACAAUAACAAUACAAUAUGAUCAACCAAAUUUACUUGUUAAUGGUUUUACAAUAAAACGUGAUCAUGCUGGAACUAAAAAAUCACUUUUAUUUAUAUCAACAUAUGUUGGUGUUAUUUAUGCAAUAUUUGAUACACAUACAGGUUCAUUAUUUGGACAAACAACGAUUAUGAAUGAAACAUUAAAUGAAGGUAGUAUUGCUUUAUCAUCAUCUGGUUCAAUUUAUUAUGCUAGUAAACAAGAACAUUUAAUAUAUGAAUUAAAGAUAGCACGUGAUUUUCGUUUAUAUUAUGGAAAAAUAAUUAAAGCUAAUGCAAUUAAACAUCCAUUUGGUUUAAUUACAGAUGAAUGUAAUCAUUUAUAUAUUGCUACACGUUCAAUGGUAUUAAUUAUGUUUGUUCAAACGUAUACAACAAUACGAAGUGUAUUUUCUAAAGCAUCAGAUUUACCUAUAACACUUGAACGACUUAAUGCAACUACUUAUGUUUAUGCGACGAUUAAGAAAAGUGCAAAAAAUCUUCUAUCUUAUUGGAUGUUUAAUUUUCUUUAUUUUACUGGUAAUUCGUUAAGAUUUUCUUUUGUUUUUCAACAAAAUAAACGAACUUUUCCUUUCUUAGAACCAGAAAAAAUUUAUACUUCGACUCGACAUUCGGGUAGGAAAAACAAAUUGUAUUUGUUUUAUUUUGCUUUUGUUAUUGUGAAUCACAAAUGACCUGCUUUAUCUAUCACUAUCCUUCCCUUAUUAUCCAUAGCUGUCAAUUGGAAAGAAAAUUUGGAUUUCAAUAAUGCUAUAAAUGAAAAUGCCAGUAGUCCAAUACUUUGGCCAAUAUCAUACGUGUUAUCAUCGACAGCAAAUACAACAAAGAAAUAUACACAAUUUUUUUCUACACCUAGGAAACCUUUUUCUCGAUUCACGACAAUAAUCCCCAAAUAUGAACAAAAAAACAAUUCUAUUGAUCAAGAAAUCUCAUCAAUCAAUAAAACAAAACUACUUACAGGAAAUUCGUCAACUGUAUCAUAUAUUCCCUUCGAAUCAGAUGACUCACAACUAAGUGAACCUGAUGAAA